UUUGUGAUAGCUCCCGGUGGUACAAAACAAUGUCUGGGCUGUCGCGGAGGUAACCACUAUCAGUGCAGUUAUCAAAAAAGACCCCAGAUAUGUGCAACAGAUCUUAGUUCAUUGGGAACAACUCACUGUGGGUCAGCUAUAAUUAAAUAUCGCGAGCAGCGUGGUGGCAGGAUAUCUCAAGGCGUCUUACGAGGAUGCAUUAACUGUGCAGGUUGGUGGAAUUUUGUUUUAAAACCAAUUUCAUCAGAAUAUUGGACACGCCAUAGAUUUAAGAAAAAGGCCCUGAGAAUACAUCUUUUCUUAUCUCAGCAAAAAUUGAGAAAACUAGUAUAUUAGUAUAACGGAGAAAUGACAAUAAACAGCUAAACUGAUUCUCAGCCCUAAGAUUUACUACCCUAUGAUCAAAUGAUCUGCCCGAUAUGCAAAACAGAUGUAGAGGACGAGUAUCGUUAUUCACCUUUACACCCUGCUUACAAGGAAAAGACAAGUUCUCUGUUCGAACCCCCAGGCGGAAGAGCACAACCUCUAAGCUAAAAAGUAAAUAUUAACUAAUGUUAUUUUAAAUAACCCCUUGUGUAACUUUAAUUUAAAGACUUGACCUUAACUAAUUCGUAACUCACUUCAGGUUAGUCUCCAGAGAAAGUAAGGAAGUGGGAAUGGGGGUGUGGGGGCGUGGGGGUGUGAAUUUUCUUUUGCUGUCUCAGAGGUAAAUUGUUAAUGUAGGGUCUCAUUUAGCAGGUGGCAUACUCGUCGCAUACUUGGUCAAUCGUAGUGCCUACGGCGGUGGUUAGGCAUGCAAUAAUAUAAGUCAUUUCCGGGUUGCCCCAAGCCUCUGUUUCAAAGCGAGGCUAAGUAUGACUCCCUUGAUAUGAAAAUGAUUUUUUAUUCUCAUGCAAAUAGGAUUAAUUUAAUUUUCACAAGAAAAGUUUUGGAAGUAGCCUCGUUUUGAAAGGGGAAGGUUUUGGAACUAGAAAAUGACUUAUUAAGUAAGCUUUCCGGCAACUGUAUUAAUUUAAUUCCGUGAUGAUUCUUACAGAUAAAAAAAUAGCUUGUGCAGCAAUUCGCGGCGGUAUUAAAACACAGUUUGGAACUUUGCUGGAAUGUGAAAUUGAGUGUUGCACUGGUGAUAAUUGCAAUAAAGGUAGUAAUAUGAAAAUAAAUUCAUUUGUUAUAUACGCCAUUUGCACAUCUCCCAUAAUGCACCUUAUUUGCCCCCUCAUUGGUUACUUCGAGGUCACAUGACAUCUAGCAAUGAAACUGUUUCCCUCCAAAAUCUCUGAGAGGGUAACGUUGCAAAAUCUAUGAUGUCAGAGGGUAACAGUGUACUGUUAUCCGCGAAAUGUUGACUGCCCGCUAGAUUUAUUUUCGUAAAUUUGUACACGAAAAAGUUUUUUCUCGUGGGCUAUAAAACAAAUCACUUGAGGACUAGUCCCGAGAAAAACAAUUGAUUUUGUUUUGAGAUUCCCGGGAAACAAAAUUAACUGUUUUCCACGGGACCAGCCAUUAAGCGUUCAUUGUAACUUGUUUUGUCGAAAUUUUUAUCCAUAGGAUUACAAAUGAAACAGUUAAAAGAUUGUUUAAUUCCUAGUCGUCGUUAACAAUGUCAUAGAACCCACAAAAAGUAUUGUUAUUUACAUUAGCCAGUGCACAUCCGCCCCAUCCUUUAUAUAUACAGUCACUGUAACUUCCCCUCGGGAUAUUGUCAGUAUGUAGGAGAGAAAGAUGACUUAUCGUGGGCUCACGGUGUAUCGAUAAAGCCCGGGGGUACACAAAAAACCUCUGUACGGGGAGGCUCCGCCCCGAGGUCCAACCCCUUACCCUUUUACGUACCAUGUUGGCAGAAAAGGUACCCCUUUUGGCAAAUCGUACCACUUCACACACCUAGUUUACCAUUUUGUAUCCCUUUAAACUGCUGUAAAUGCAGGGUCUUUAAGAUAUGAAUAAACCACUAAACCAAAACUUGUUUUCGACUUUUUCACAGCCAUACAUCUGUUAGCCCUUUUGGGCUUUUUACAGACUGAAAUGACAGAUUUCCCUACCCUUUCAUAUUUCUGAAGCCUGAAAAAGGUACCCGUUUCGGGCGGAGCCUCCCCGUAUAGGCCAUUAUAGGUAGUAUCUCCCUCUAGGGAUGCAUGAAGUCAACGGUGAUCGGACAUGAAAAGUUAUUGGUUGUUGAAUCUACAAUCAGACGUGUAAAGGGGUAUAUAUGGGGUCACGUAUGCCGCAAAUAAUUCAGAGGCUGGCAUCCCAUUCAAAAGAGAGUAGUUACAAGUUUUUAUUCUUGGAGUGACUGAACGGUCUAAUUUAAUGCAAAGUCACCUUUGUUUCUAAAGUCCCUCUCAACGAUUUUGUGAUUAGUAAUUAUAAAAAGUCAAACUCGCUAAAAAUUCAUGAUGAGGCGCGCCAGGAGUCUCCACCGAGAAGAAAGUUCGACCAUAAAAAGUUCCCAGAUUUUGAAGCGAUGGCUUUCACUUAAGUUGUUAAUCAGUUUAAGUUUAAGUUUUUGUUUUUCAACUUGCUUCUGGGUGUGGGAUAUCCAGUAUAUUAGAUGAAACACUCCUUCUCGAGUUUAAUAUAAACCUUAUCUGAUUGUUUUACACAGAAACGAUAGAUACUGGUCCAGGACAGUGUAUCAAGUGUGCAAAUAACCAGUUUGGUCCAUUGAGAACAUGUGGCUCUUCAGAGCAAUGGAACCAAAGCUGUUUAAUUGAUCCCAGUUCAUUAGGUGCAUCUCAUUGUGGUUCGGCGGCAAUAAACUAUUUUGACUUUUCCGAUGAGACCAUCAAGACCGAUGUAAUUCGUGGAUGUUUUAACUGCUCGGGUAAAUAGCAUUUAUUGUAUUGCUUUAACAGUGACUUUUAACUGUUAAUAUUUUAUAUUUUAUUUGCCACCAGGGAGGUCAGUAGGAGCAGAAACUGUAGGUCUGUAAUAAAAUAUGCUUUAAUGUUUUUUUUUUCCGUAUAUAUGUAUCACUGAUGAAUGGCACGCUUGGUUUUGUUUAUUUCUAGUUUUUAUCUCAGUGGCACGUAACAAUGUGCCAAACGAAAAAGACGAAAAACCCGAAUUCAUUUGCUGACUAACUGACUAAUUAAGGAGGGAUUCAUUGGCCUUGGCGGAUAACAACUCACCCCAGUUGAACAGUUGUUAAAUAUUUUGAAUAAUAACGAGCAAAACGACUGCUUAGAACACCAAGAUCACUGAGUGUGUAUAUGUACACUCAAUUUCAGUUACCUUUCAUCCGGCUGUAUUCGUUGAUUUUAUAGGCGUCAAUUACUACGAUGUUCACAGUUUGAACCCUCUUUUUUUCAUUUUAGAUAAAAAAGCAGCUUGCCUUACUCUUGGUGGAUACCUAAAAUCUUUCCGUGUAACAUUGCUUGAAUGCGAGAUUGAGUGUUGUGAUAGGAGUAACUGUAACACGCAGAAGUUAAGUUUGACACAGGACGCAGUGAGAGUAUUCCCACCAGGUAACAAAAAUUAAUUUAUGAUAAUUCAGACUUACUUGCGCAUGCGUGUAAUAAAAUACCAUACUAACUGUUUCAAGGGAACUUUAAAACCCGACGUACAGUCAAUUGUUUUCAACUUGAUAUAAAAAAAGUUAAACUGCGAGUGAACGGUCCUGCUCAUUAUCAUACUAUUUCUUAGGUUUCGCAAAAGAGAAGGAUCAAGGGGCAAGUAGAAUGUUCUCUUCUUUAUUCCCGAAAGUUUCAUCUGCUGCUGAUUUCAUGAAAAACGUCUUUUUUUUUCUUUUCGACAGAAAAUUUUCCCACUUUUUCCCUCCUCCUAGAACGCGCGGAAGAGUUAUCAUUUAUUAUUCCAUAUCGGUUAUUGAAUUUUGUGAUCCGGGAUUCUCGAUCGACUCACCUUUCAGUAGAAGUUCCUCGAAGGGCCCAUUUCUCGAAAGACUCGACAAUUGACAGGCCUGGAAAGCUGUUGUUGUUCACAUUCAUGAUCGAGGUUUUCACAGUCACGGUUUUGCAGAUGAUGAUGAUGAUGAUGAUGAUGAUGAUGAUGAUGAUGAUGAUGAUGACAUCAUCAUCAUCAUAAUCUUUGUUCAAUCGAUAAAAUACAUAUAGAAAGUUACAAACGUCAAAACAGUUAAAGUUAAGUUAAAAACUGCAUUGAAGUAGAAUCAUAUGGCUAAGUUAUAAUUAAAGCAUAGCCUAUUUACAAAGCAGUUCUUAAAGCACUCAGUGUUAUCUAAAGGUAGCCGAAAUAUGUUUCUUCGAAGCCUUUGAGAAGAGUCCUUUACAGUCGUUAAAAUAGAACAUAGCGGAUGGUGUUCGUCCUUGCUAAUUUUAUCAUAGAGCUUUCUGUCAGAUUUAUCAUAAAUACAUAGUUUGUCCGAGAUGUAGCGUCUUUUGUAGCAUCUCUUUAGAAAGCAAUCCAAGGUCAGCCUUGCUAGCACGAUAAAUCGAGAGUCGAUUUAAAUAGAAAGUCAACAUCUUUCUCUCCAUAGCCCUCUUUCUUGAUAAAACUCUCUAUCACCAAAACAAAAUGUACUGGUUUUGUUAGCUAUGACCUGCACUUUUUACUGGCUUCAGAUUUUUGCCAUCCUGGAAUUUUUUUCCCUAAACUAUUGAAGAGGCUUAGACUUUCAUGAACAUUUUAUCAAGCGGAAAUUUCAAGAGACAUAGAAAUUUCAUGUAGGAAAAGGGAAAUGUCUUUUGAGAGCCACUGAGAGGGAUAUGUCAGUUUGGAGUAUGGAGAUGAGUGCUAACCACAUUUCAUUUCGCUUCAUGUAAUGCUACGCGACGGGACCUGGGAACUGAUAAAAAACUGCGAAACAAAAGAGAUCUCAGGACAGAAAUAAGGGGUUUCCCUGUGCCCCUAUCUAAUAAUAGAUAGGUCACAGAAAGACCCUUUGUGCCGUAUAUGCCCACAAAAAGAUGAGACAGUAGGGCUAUUUAUACGAGGAACAAUAAGACGCGUCUUUCAUUAGACACGUCCUAAAUAAGACGCAAACUAUCUCGCAUAAACGGCACCGUAAGACGCGACUUAGCUAAGACGCGUCUUAUCGAAGAACACCGUGUUUGGAGCUGUUCUUAUACUAAAUUUCAAUCGAAAUGUGCCGUUUAUACGGGAUAGUUUGCCUCUUAUUUAGGACACUUCUUAUAUGAGACGGGUGUUAUUUUUCCUCGUUUUAUAUAAACGGCCCUAAUAAGUCACCUUUUAUCCUAGUGCCCAUUCAAAGUUGGCAUUGGGCGCAAACAACAUGGAUUUGAAAGGAGUAGCCUGCGUAGCAGGCGCUUGGAAGUAAUGGGCACAAGAAAAAACGGGCGCGUGAGAAGGAGACACGCGAGGGGAGAGGGCUACCAGUUAAUUAGUUGGGGGCGGGAAACGAUUUUCAUGGGCCUUCCGGGCAGGCGCUUCCUCACCCCUCGCGUGUCUCCCUCGUGCGCGCCCGUUCUCUCUUUCGCCCACUUCUUCCAAGCGCCUGCUACGCAGACUAUGAAAGGAGUGACAAGUGGUAAAAAGAAUGUUGAGGAUAAUGAGAAUUUCAAAUUGCUUUGGGAUUUCUCUAUACAAAUUUCCUCAUGUAUCAUUAAUACUGUAUACCCUAGCGACAGAAGGGUGGACAUCUGUAGACAACAUCAAACAGGAGGAAAAGAUCAACAAGUAUCUUGAUCUAGCUGUUGAGAUUAAAGAGUUGUGGAAGAUGAAGAGUGCAAAAGUCGUCCCCGUUGUUAUUGGAGCACUGGGUACUAUUCCGAAGAGACUGAAGGACUACCUGAGAAACAUAAAAUUUGGGAUAGACUUGGCGCACUUCAAAGAACAGUCUUGCUGGGAUCAGCAAGGAUCCUCGGAAGAGUCCUUAAAUUCUGAGGCAGCUUUUUGCGACCUGAUAUAUAUGAUGGGACUGAAAUUUCCGGCAUUGACAUACCUGCCGUGAGGCAUGCACCAUAAUAAUAAAAAUAAUAAUAGUUGUUGGUAAUAAUAAUAAUAAUAAUAAUAAUAAUAAUAAUAAUAAUAAUAAUAAUAAUAAUAAUAAUAAUAAUAAUGACAACAACAACAACAACAGUGCAUCUACAUAACCCUUUCUUACAAUGUUCUCAUAACAGCAGCCUCUGUUCCAUCACGAUGCCAACAGUGUUUCGCAGAUAAUGAAACAGAGUGCAUCCAGAGACAACAGCUUCAAGAUUGUGGUCCGGACUCACUCGGAACAACUCAUUGCGGUUUCGCAAAGAUACAGUUUUGGUCCAGUUUUAGUAUUCGUAAUGCGGUCUACAAAGGAUGCAUCAAUUGCGCAGGUAACAUAAGGGGCACGUACAAUUCACUAUUUUAG